UAACCCCAAAGAGAAACACACAGAAAAACACGAUUCCUUGCCUCACUCUCUCUCUCUCUUCCCCCACUCUUCUGUACUAAAAACUUUUUUUUUUUUUUUUGUAUAUAUUGUAUGGUGGGCAACCAAUAUGUCUGCUAGUCCGAAGAUAAGAAUCGGAACCGGCACCGUGUCCACUCACCGUCUCACCAUGACAACCACCGCCGCCGCCACUCUUUCCCUUCCUUCCCACUCUCUUAUAUUCAUAAAGAGUACUCCUUUUCCUUCCCUCCGUCGCUCUUUCUGUCUCAACUCGCCCUCUACACCAACUCCCACCUCUCGUUCUCCUCUCCGUGUCAAAGCUUCCUCUGCUGAGCCCUCUCCUUCUUCAGGUAAAGGUAUUGAGAAUGUGGUAAUUAUAGGUUCAGGUCCUGCUGGAUACACAGCAGCAAUAUAUGCUGCUCGUGCCAAUUUGAAGCCUGUAGUGUUUGAGGGGUAUCAAGUUGGUGGUGUGCCUGGUGGGCAGUUGAUGACUACCACUGAAGUGGAGAACUUCCCAGGGUUUCCUGAUGGAAUAACCGGUCCGGAUUUGAUGGAUAGGAUGCGACGGCAAGCUGAACGUUGGGGGGCAGAACUGUUCCAAGAAGAUGUGGAAUCUCUUGAUGUUAAAAGCAGUCCUUUCACCGUGAAGAGUAGUGAACGUAAGGUUAAGUGCCACAGCAUCAUUUUUGCCACAGGAGCUACUGCCAGAAGACUCAAAUUACCCCGUGAAGAUGAAUUUUGGAGUAGGGGAAUUAGUGCUUGUGCAAUUUGUGAUGGAGCAUCACCACUUUUUAAAAGGCAAGUUCUUGCUGUCGUAGGGGGAGGUGAUACGGCCACAGAGGAAGCAUUGUACUUAACUAAAUAUGCUCGUCAUGUCCAUUUACUUGUACGCAAGGAUCAACUUAGGGCAUCUAAAGCAAUGCAAGAUAGAGUGAUCAACAAUCCAAAUGUCACCGUGCACUUCAAUACAGAGACUCUGGAUAUCGUUAGCAAUACAAAGGGCCAGAUGUCUGGUAUUUUGACUAGAAAAACUGAUACCGGGGAGGAAUCCGUGCUUGAGGCAAAAGGCUUGUUCUAUGGUAUUGGUCAUUCUCCGAAUAGCCAGCUGUUGGAAGGCCAAGUUGAACUUGAUAGUGCAGGCUAUGUGUUAGUUCAGGAUGGUUCUGGGAAAACUUCUGUUGAAGGUGUAUUUGCUGCUGGAGAUGUUCAGGACCAUGAGUGGAGGCAAGCCAUAACAGCCGCUGGAUCUGGAUGUAUUGCUGCUCUAUCAGUUGAGAGAUACCUUGUGAGCAACAACCUACUUAUAGAGUUUCACCAGCGUCAAGCUGAAGAGGUUAAGAAGGAACUCACUGACAGAGAUGUUCACGAGGGCUUUGACAUUACCAUCACAAAGCAUAAGGGCCAGUAUGCUCUGCGAAAGUUGUAUCAUGAAAGUCCACGGCUUAUAUGUGUGCUAUAUACAUCACCAACUUGUGGUCCAUGUAGGACAUUGAAGCCAAUUCUCAGCAAGGUGAUUGAUGAGUUUGAUCAAAAUGUCCAUUUUGUCGAAAUUGAUAUCGAGGAGGAUCAAGAGAUAGCAGAAGCAGCUGGAAUUAUGGGCACACCAUGUGUGCAGUUCUUCAAGAACAAGGAGAUGAUCAGGACUGUAUCAGGGGUCAAAAUGAAGAAAGAGUACAGAGAAUUCAUUGAAGAAAAUAAAUGAGCGCAUAAUCGAGCAUUCAUCUGGCGGUUGUGAUCAUUUUGUAAUUCAAUUUUGUUCCCCAUUAAACUGGUUAGUCAAAUAAUAAACCCUAUAUUUUUACAGAAUGGUAUACUGUAUUUGAUCCACCACAUUGCAGAUUAUCAUGCAGAGUUCCCAAGCAAUUUUUACUGA